AUGACAAGCGACUCCUUCCCGCCCCCGGAGGCUCAUGAGCGAUCACUAUUCUUGACGAGUAGAGGGAAGGCCAAUGGUGUGGGAGGUGAUGGUCGUCUGCAGUGGCAAUCAUCGACUACCACUGCGACCGACAGCUAUCGUUACGACCCUGUCAGCCCAGUGAGAAGUGACUUGGGCGUGAAGUCGACCGACCUACCAAUCGACAUUAACUAUUUGCUCGAUCGUGACGAUGUUCUAGUUUACACUACCGAGCCAUUGGACAAGUCGCUCACGGUGAUCGGGGACGUCGUUUUUGAGCUCAUCGUCUCCAGUACGGCACCUGACACAGAUUUCGUGAUCGAAUUUAUGGAUGUGUUGCCAGAUGGACGUUCGAUCAAGCUCGGCUCGAAGGCUGCCGCUCAGCUCCGUGCCCGUUACCGUAACGGGUUGGACCGUGAGAUGUUAAUGUCUCCUGAUCUGACGUAUGUUGUUAGCAUCGAUAUGCACGCGAUUGGGCACACAUUUCUUCCAGGCAAUCGCAUCAGGCUGGCUGUCACGAGUAGCUUCUUUCCCUGGAUCAGCGCUAACCCGAAUACCGGUGGACCGAUCGCCACCGACACUCAGCCACCUAUCGUGGCGAAUCAAACGAUUUACCAUGCUCACAAUCAGCCGUCACGCAUUCGCAUGAUGGUAAUCGAUAAUCCGGUGUUCGAUUCAUCAUUAGGCACAUCACUAAUUAUCACUAAUGUGAGCAUUAAAUCACUAAUUUUUCCAAUGCUUUUGGCAAAAACAUUGCUUUUCACUAUUUUUGUUGAAAAUUAA